AUGAUUCUACUUCGUUCUAUGCUCUGUCCAGUAUGGCGUCGAAUGGGUUCGAAUCUCAUCAAACCAAUUUUUCGAAAUGAAUCCACAGCAACGACGACAAACAUAUCACAAUCAGUUUCUUCAAACGUACAUAGACCUAUGAUGAAUAAUGCUCUUGUUUUCGAAUAUAAAGACCGAAUAUUGCCGAUCGUGGGUUUUAUUGGUCUUGUUCAAUUCAUAGCAUUUGGUUUCAUUGCACGCUGGAGCUUUUAUCUGUUCGGCACAGUCACUGCUAAGGAAGACACUUUAACGUCAGAUUCAACAUUGUUAGAACGAGCAGCGAUUAUUGUUCCGACAAAGAAAUUUCGGUAUACAACAAAUAUUGUCAUCGUAUUAUUAAGCGGUGCUAUAUUUGUUGCAUCUAUUAUCUAUCCUGCACGAUGUGUACGUCGUCUUUAUCUUCUCAAGGAUGGCUCUUCUGUUGGAAUUGUUACUUAUGCCUUGUGGCCCAGUGCACGUAAAUUCACUGUUCCUUUGUCGGAUGUUUCCGUCCAUACGGCUCUGAAAGGUGUCGGCAUCUUCCAAAAACUCUACAUUCGUAAUCAACGAUUGUCACAUCUAGUGAACAGUCGCGAGGGAAAAUUCUAUAAUAAAUCUCUCUACGAAACAGUCAUCGCCCUGAAACGUUUCUAG